ACUUCCUCGUGGUGUAUCAACGGGAAACGUAAGCCACUUCAGUAUCCCAGACAGACAGGCUGUCACACACGGAGACAGACUGAGGUCUUGGUCACAACUUCAAUGGUGCGAAGACUGUGUAACCUCUGAAGUAGGUUCAGGAUGAGGUGUCCAUUGCGCUGGUUUUGGACGGACAGUGUGUUUUUCUGUCUGGGUCUACUUCUGCACUGUGGAGAAGCCAGAGUGCUCACUGUAGUACAGGCUGGGCCUCUGUAUCGCAUGUUGGGCUCUCCACUCUCCAUUUCCUGCAAUGUGAGUGGCUUUGCCAACGCUGAUGCUCAACAAGAUUUUGAAUUUCGUGUUAAGAAACCUGCAAAACCUAAGUACGAGAUCAACAUCAUCAGCACUAAGGACCCAAGCUUUGCGUAUGCCAUCUAUGGCGAACGUGUGAAGAGCAAGGAAAUUACUCUGAGCCAUUUGUCUCCAACCUCAGUCCUCUUUGAGAUACAAAGCCUGCAGAAAGAUGAUGAAGGGGAAUAUGACUGUACUGUAAUCAACUCAGAAAAAGCUUAUGAUGGAACCUACAGUACUCAGACAACAGUAAAAGUGAUUGACAACUCCCUAAGUGUUUCAUCAUCUGUCUCUAUGUCACUGAGCCGUAAUGAGGGGGAUGCUCUCACUUUAACAUGCCAAGCCUCCAGCAACACCAUCCAGCACACCCAUCUGUCUUUUGCCUGGUAUCUCCAUAAACAUGGUGAGAAUGACUCUCAGCCAAUCAUUUCUCUGGACAGAGAUUUCACACUGAGGCCAGGCCAGGGGUUUGAAGGGCGCUACCAAGCUGGACUCAUAAGGUUAGAUAAAAUGGGAGAGGCCAUGUACAAGCUAAAGAUGGCUCAGCUGGAGCUGUCAGACCAAGGUAGGAUCUACUGCCAGGCUCAGGAGUGGAUCCAAGAUCCUGACCGUUCCUGGUACUCGAUCAUACAGAAGGCCUCAAAGGAAACCACGCUAAAUGUCAAAGCCAGAGAGGUGGUGCCAGACACAUCCUCGCUGGUGGUUGAAAUCUCAGCAGCGCAGACAGCUCUGCAGGAGGGGCAGAGGCUGUCGCUAUCCUGCACAGUAGAUACACAGAAUCAGGAGAAAAGGUUCCUCUCCGUGGCCUGGCUCCGGGGAAAUGUUGAGCUGGCUCGCAUCGGCCCUACAGGUGUUCUGUCUGUGGGGCCUGACUACAGUGGCCGGGAGACAGAGGGAGAGCUCAGAGCCGUCCGGACUGGGGACAGAGAUUACGGUCUCACACUGCAGCCUGUCAGAACUGAGGACCAGGGAGAGUAUAUCUGUAGGGCAUGGCCUCAGGACAGAAGCCAGGAUGGUGCCUUUACACAGGGAACACCCCGGGACUCUAGCCCCCAGCUGAUCAGCAUCUCAGCCACAGAAAGUGGACUCUCAGUUGAAAUGCAACCCUUUGGGAUGGUUAUGGAAGGUGCCAGGCUGAAGCUCACCUGUAAGGUGACUGAAGUUGAAGGUCAGCUCUCUGUCACUUGGCAACACAAAUCGACAUCCACGACAGCGACCCCGUUCACCAAUGUCAUCAGUCUAAGUCAGGAGGGCGUUACAGAGAUAGGAGGGAGCUUCACAAGCCGCAAAGUAAGGGCAACGCGUCCAGCAGCUGACACCUUCACUCUAGAGCUUGAUGAGGUCACACUCUCUGAUUCAGGUGUCUACCAGUGUGCCGUGUCUGAAUGGAAAACCAACAGCAAGACCAACAGCCAGUCGCAAGCUGCCACUGUGGAAGUGACUCCUCUAGAUGAAUUGGUGAAAGUGUAUCUAAUAAGUCGCGACAACAUAGUGACAGUUGGAGAAAAUGUGCACUUGUUGUGCCGGGUCAGAGGGCCCCGAGUGCCAAUAACACUGACAUGGAGCCUGCAGCGUGAUGCCUCAACUGUAGAUAACAUCCUGACAGUGUCCUCUAAUGGUGACAUCAGCUGGUCUGCAGACCAACAGGGAUACCAGUUGAAAGUAGAGAACAGAGAGACUGAAGUCAUUCACUCUCUGCAUAUCAACAGUGCAAGCCACAGGGAGGCAGGACGCUACCAGUGUAGUGUGUCUGUCUUCUUGGAGAAUGCAUUCAAAAAGCUGCCUCCAUCCAACCAACUGGGUGUGAUGGUGCAGAACCCAGUGAGCAAACUUGUUCUGACCUCCCCUGUCACCUUGACAUCAAAUAUCAAUACUGACAUAGAAGUAAAGUGCUCAGUUAUAACAAACACCUCUGAAUCCUCUCGCUAUGCAGUCACCUGGCUGCACCAGCAAGGGCCAGAAAAUAAGAUCAUUGUAAGCUCAGACCGGGAUGCCCAAGUAACAUUUGGGACCCAGGUAGAGCAGAGCAAUAGAAAACGAAUCAGUAUGCGGCAAUCUAAAGGCCCUAGUUUUGAGCUCACUAUUCGUCAAACUCAGAUCUCAGACAAUGGCUCAUACAAAUGUGAGGUGGUGGAGUGGCUACAAGAUCCUCGAGGUGAUUGGUAUCAGCUCUCACCAGUGUCCAAAUUGAUACAGCUAAAAGUUACUGAGCCUGAAAAUGAUCUUCGUUUGGAUGCGAAAGAGCAGCAGCAGUUAAUUGCCAGGAAGGGAGAUGAGGUAGAGUUCAAGUGUAACAUCAUCUCAGGUGCAUCCGGUCCUCCUUUCUUCUACAAAGUGGCUUGGCUCUACAGGAACAGUUCUUCCUUCACAAGUGUUCCCUUGUUAGAGCUUGAUCACACAGGCCUGCUGAGGUACCCAGAGAACCAGGCACUCAGAGACCUGCAGGGGAGGCUUCGUCUCUCCAGACCCACGCAGAGCAACUUCUGCCUCAGAAUUCAGAGGGCCCAUGAGUGGGAUAGUGGGACCUACCAGUGCCAGGUGGAGCAAUAUCAGCUGAAUAAUGAAGAUCAAUGGCAGCAAAAGGCUUCAGACAAAGCUGGCUUGAUCACGCUGACUGUAAAUGUUACAGGAGAACAUUUCUUUGAGCAACAAUGCCAGUCAGGUACCUGGAUAGGGAUUCUUGUACCUCUUCUCAUCUGCUCACUGUUGGUGGUAUUCAUACUGGUGCUGAAGAUAUGCCGGAGCAAGGGCGUAGGGGAAAAGAAGUCAGGCCAGUCUCUGUGGGCAGAACAUCCUCUGAAAACCAAACCCAGUGUAGAUGACUGAUUCUCACAGACCUUAUAAAUGUGGAGAGGAAAGCAGAGAAGACUAGAUGAAGAGUAAAAAUGCACCCAUAUUUUUUUAAGUGCCUUGCAGUAUUAUGCAAUAAUGUUUUAUCAUUUAAAAUUUUGCAUUGUACACAUAUUUUUAUUAAUUUUCUAUUCAAAGUUAAAUAAUGUUAAAAUCAAUCUGUUGAUAAUGUUCCAUAAAAAAUAUAGUUUAAAUGUUUUACUCUCUGUGCAGCUGGGAAUAAUUUUGCCUUUAUGAAUUAAUGAAUUUCAUUAAACCAUUAAAAUUAAACAGGCACUUUUCAUUUUACAGCUAAAACGUAUUUGCAUAAUCACCAGCCUCUUACGUCUUACUUGCGAUGGACAGUUGAGCCAGGCAGCAGAUCAACUUUGUGGCUUUAUGCCUACAAAGCAGCAUACUCCAACUGAUAGAUUUCGUUUUAAGUGGCAACAUUUGAGGCAGCUUGAUAGUGUGUCUUUGAUGGGAAAAAGUCAGAGCUUUGUGUGUCUGAGGGGGUAGCUAAGUAUGCAAUGUGGAAAGAUUUGACAUCAACCAGGAAGUGCUCUGUGGUUCUGCAAGAGCACAGAAAGACUGUGUGGUCUGCAAAUCUGCUGAUGUGCGUGUGACCAGUAUUCAUGCAGACAGAGGCACCAUUCAAAUAGAGGUUACAUUUGUGCAGCGGAAGUAGAAAUCUACUAAUAGAGUCAUAGUUUUUGUCAUACACUUACCUCGCUAAAGGUUGCUCAUGUUUAAGAUGAUGAGCCGGUUUACAUGUAAUUCUGAUUCUAAGUCACUGAGGCUGUGUGUGUGUGUGUGUGUCUCUGUGUGUGCCUGCUUCAUUGUUUGUGCUUGUAUAGUACAUUUUUUAUUGUUUGGGAUCUGCUCCAGCACAUUGGAUUUGAAAUGAAAUAAUAAUUAUGAGAUUAAAUGUCUGAUUUUCAAGA